AUGCCUGUGGCUUUUCAUUUUUCCCCAGAUGUGGGCACAGGGCCCUUGAAUUGUGGCAACUGCACACCAGGGGGCAAUGCCCUGGCUCUGGCUGGAGCCUUUGGUGCUCAUGGCCGAGCCUCUGCCCCAGCAAGUGCCACGCUGCUGGCCUCACCCUUCCCUUGGGACCCGGACUCUGAGCCGAUCCCUGGCUGUGAGGGACUGGUCUUCACUGGGCCUCUCUCUCCUGCAGACAUCAGUGCUCUGUGGCAGCAGCUAGAAGCCUUGCAGGGGCAGGUAAGACGACUGCAGGGAGCCUUCCUUCAGUAUAAGAAAGUGGAGCUCUUCCCCAACGGCCGAGGUGUUGGCCAGAAGGUCUUCAAGUCAGGAGGCUUUCUGAAAACUUUUUAUGAAGCACGGCAAGUGUGUGCACAGGCCGGGGGGCAGAUGCCCUCCCCACGUUCUGCAGCUGAGAACCACGCCUUGCAACUGCUGCUGGAAGCUGAGAACAAGGGUGCUGCGUUCCUGAGCAUGACUGACUUCAAGACAAAGGGCAGGUUCACCUACCCAGGAGGGAAGCCCCUGGUCUAUUCCAACUGGGCCCCUGGGGAGCCCAACGAUGAAAACGGCAAUGAGCACUGUGUGGAGAUCUUCACCAAUGGCAAGUGGAACGACAAGCCCUGUGGAGCAAAGCGCCUUGUGAUCUGCGAGUUCUGAGCCCUCGGGGUGGGUGGGGCAGCCGUGACGCAGGAGCCUGGCCCAGACCCGUGUGCUGCUGACAUGACAAGGAAGAGCUGAGGGCUCUGAGGCCUGGCUUCUGCACAGAGACCUGGGAUGAGGCCAGCCAAGGGCUCCCAUG